GAUAGUGCCCGAGUCUUUAUCACAAACGUUGCUUCACAUGAUGGAAAUCCUGAUGACUUUAAGAUCUGUGGUCAAACGCUUCCCCAUCCUGUGUACUCCAAGGGAAAUUCAAUUCAAGUGAGAUUUGAGUCUCGGUAUGGCACCUUGAAUAAAGGGUUCAAUGCAACCUUUGAGGCGAUAGAUGGAGAUUCACUGUGCCCGACAGAUAUGAUCCUCAAUGAAACAUCAGGUUCUUUCUCCUCUCCCUUUCAUCCAAGAAACUAUCCAUUCAACCAGAAAUGUAGCUGGAAGAUUAUAGGGAAACAAGGAUACCGUGUUGAGCUCACAAUACCAGACUAUAAUCUUCAACGUUGUGGUGGCGCUGCCUGCUCGUGUGAUUAUAUGGAAGUUCAGAAUAGCUUCAGUGAUGAAGCGCUGCCUGGAAAACUAUGUGCUGCACCAACGACAAUUCCUGUAAAAUUUUAUUCACUGCACGAAAGCUUGAGGGUGGUGUUUGUGUCCGAUGAUGCAAACAUGGAUUAUGACGGAUUUGGGGCAACUUACAAGCUGUUGGACUACAGUCCUCCAAUUUGUCCCAAUGAAGCAAUUCCUCUCUCAGGCAGUGGGAAAAUAAGCAGCACAAACUACCCAAAGAGUAACUACACUGCGUCUAGAGAUUGUACCUGGAACAUUACCGCACCGGCUGACAAAAUUGUAAAGUUUACGUUUACUGACUUUGUCUUAAGUGAGUGUUCAGCUAAUCCUUGUUCGGAUUCUUGUUCUUAUGUGGAGCUUUAUGAUGGUGGGUCAACAACGUCUUGUUCGCUAGGGCGAUUUUGUCAGGGUUCGUUUUGGAAUGAGUCUCAGUUCUCAAGUGGAAAUCAAAUGUUUGUGAUGUUCCAUCCUGGAAAAAAUGUUGAUCGUGGAUUUGAAGCGAAAUAUGAAUGCACAACUGCAAACACAACAGAGCCGCCUACUACAACUGUGCCUUGCAUCCAGUCCACUCAGAGCAUAAUUCUUGACAGUUCCAUGUAUGCAACGGUCCCUUCACCAAUCCUUAUUUCUGCCUUGGAAAGUUCUUUCGGCACUACUAUCGGCGUAUCAUCCGAGGUCUCGUCUUUUGUGCCUGGCAUUCAGUCUACUUCGAGCUUACCUCUCGACAGUUCCACGUCUGCAGUUGUCCCUUCACCAAUCCUUAUUUCUGCCUCGGAAAGUUCUUACGGCACUACUAUCGACGUAACAUCCGAGGUCUCAUCUUUUGUGCCUGGCAUUCAGUCCACUUCGAGCUUACCUCUCGACGGUUCCACGUCUGCAGUUGUCCCUUCACCAAUCCUUAUUUCUGCCUCGGAAAUUGUGCAUGGCAUUCAGUCCACUUCGAGCUUACCUCUCGACGGUUCCACGUCUGCAGUUGUCCCUUCACCAAUCCUUAUUUCUGCCUCGGAAACUGGGCCUGGCAUCCAGUCCACUCCGAGCAUAAUUCUUGACGGUUCAACGUCUCCAGUUGUCUCUUCAUCAAUCCUUAGUUCUACUUCAGAAAGCAUCGAGUCCACUCCGAGCUUGAUUCUUAACGGUUCCACGUCUGCAGAUGUCUCCUCGCCAAUCAAUAUUUCUACCUCGGAAGAUUCCAUUGGGAAUUGCGAAUAA